GACGCAGAAGACGCUGCUGUCCUGUUGAUGAUGGCACGGACAGCAUCCUAUGUUCCUAAAACAGAUCCAGGGGUGCCAUCAUUCAACCUUGGAUUGACUGAUUCAAGCCAGGAGGGGGCGUUAACGCAGGAGACAGAAAGGGCAAAAUCUCCUGAAUCUGCAAAUUUGAUAGAACAAUUGGACGAUUUGGUCCAAAAAAUAGCAAGCAGUGCAGCGAAGGGAAAAAACAAAAGUCCACAAAUUCAGAGGGAGACUGGGGGAGAAAGUUCUGCAAAGUUUCAAACUCCUGGGGGAUUAUAUCAGAUUACGGAUGAUAUGAAACAAAAGUGCUACAUCUGGGGGACGAGACUGAAGGAAGAUGCAGAUGGCAAUACUAACGAGUAUGAGGAGAUGUGCACUCUGAUUGGCCAAGGAGAAUACAUUUUGAUGAGAAUGCACCUUGUAUCCCUCCAGGCAAAAAGUGAUAUAGAAUCUCAGAUUGUAUCUGCCAUCUGCCUCAUCCUCAACCAGAAAAAUGAAAAGAGGUUUCAAGAACAAAUAUACUGUCUCCCCCCCGAUAUUGUGAUAAGUGUUACUUCUCUGAACUUUGGAGCAUGGCACUUUCAGAUCACCCAAAGGGGGAAUUCGUAUCACCGAAAACGAAAAAGGAAUUCAGGGUGGAAGCCUACCCGAGUUUCAUUCCCUUCAUAG